CUGCAUUAAUUGCCACCUAUUGAAGGGAGCUCAACUUUUCACCUUUAAAUUUAUAGAUUUUUUGUAACACUAAAAUAUCAGUGUAGAUCGAACGGCUUAAUUAACCUUCAAAACCGUGCAACAGAAGAAGAAUUCGAAUGCGAGUCAUGCGACUGAUUCUCAUUUCUCAAGAGUCAUCAUCAAUAAUAGUAUUUCAUAUGCAAAAUUGAUGGAUCAUACCGAGACAAUAAAAGGAGAAUUGCAGCCAACUUCACCAAGCUGGACGAUCGAUGUUUCAGAUGUGAGAUAAGGACUAUUAAGGUGAGCAAUGUCUCACUAGAUGUGUCCGAACGAGAUAUAUUUGAGUUGUUUACAUUUUCUGGAAACAUACAGUAUAUUGAGAUGCAGAGGGAAAGUGAAACCACUCAGGUUGCUUAUGUCACCUUCAUGGAUCCUCAGGAUGCAGAGAGAGCUGCCCUUUUGACAGGAUCCAAGUUAGCUGAUCUCUAUGUGUCGAUAACUCUGAUUAAGAAUUAUCAACUGCCUCCAGAUGCUGCUACCUUGACAUCAUCUCCCAAGUCAAGUGCUGUGAAGAAGGCUGAGGAUGUGGUGAGCACCAUGCUAGCUAGGGGGUUUGUCUUGGGAAAGGAUGGCCUCAGAAGGGCAAAGUCGCUGGAUGAGAAGCACAAACUGACAGUAAACGCGUUGGCUACCGUUGCUUCCCUUGAUAGAAGAAUUGGGCUGAGCGAGAAGCUAAGCAUGGGCACAGCUGCAGUAAACGAGAAGGUGAGAGAAAUGGAUGAGCUGCUGCAAGUAUCGGACAUGACAAAGUCCGCCUACGCAGCUGCUGAGGAGAAGGCCAGCAGUGCAGGAUCUGCCAUCAUGAACAAUCGCUAUGUCUUGACCGGAGCUUCAUGGGUCACGAAUGCAUACAUAGCUGUCACAAAGGCGGCCGAGGAUGUAGGGGCCAUGACAAUGGAGAAAGUGGAGAAGGCCGAGGAGGAGAAGAGGGAGACCCUACGAAGAGAGGGGGAGGCAAUAUAUUCCCAGUUCAUCAAUGCCAGUCGCCGCGACUUGUCUCCAGCCCUUCCUAUCACUUCAGCUCAUGCCAGUAGCAACCAUUUCUGAUUGCUUUAUGUUUUACCAACCAAAAAUUUGACAUUCUUUAUCAUAACAAUGACUAAAAGAUGUAAAAAAAAUUACAUCCUUUGGGAAUACCGCAAUUACAUGAGUGGUAAGUAGUUUAUGAUGAGUUGAAAAGAAUAACAUCACCCUACAGUUAUCAGGGGCUGCUUACAGUAAGAAUGUAUUGUGUUGCUUACAAAUUCUAUUCCGAUUUACAAUGUUGCUUG